GUGUCACUAGUGCAGGUGAGGUAACCAAGCACUAUGUGUUACGUCAGUGUAGACGUGGACAGGGACGUGGACGUUGACGACGUUUUCUUUGUGCAGAGUGGGUGAUGUGAAGAGGCAUCAAGACGUGUUUCAUGAUGUUCGGGAGGAGGACGAUAAGGUGUUCCGCAAGACGUCGCAUGUUCCUGAUGACCCUACUGGGCUGCAGUAUAUUUCUAGCUGUAGCUAACCUGAUCAGACUGCUGCAGGCACCGCACACUAGGGAACACUAUCGAGCACGCGCUGGAAAUAGUGGAGCAAAUGGCAAGAACGGAGCACCAUACGCAGGAAUGCGCCGAAGGAAAGAUCCUACAUCUGAAAGACUCAACCAGGAUUAUUCUACAGAAACAUUUGAUCGUCAACCUUUUGCCAAUAUUCAGCAGAAAGGAAUACAUCUGGAUACAUUCAGGAACAAAUCUUGGAGCAUCGUUCAUCAAAUGAAAUCACCCGAUGACAUAAGCAGGUACAAUAAAACACCUAAUUCAAAUCAAAACCUGACAGUUCACUUCCUUUUUGGUGAGGAUACUUCCCAUUUUGAAAUCCACAACUUCCUGUCAGUAUGGAGCGUGAUGAAGUACAUCCGUCCAUGCAAAGUUAUGUUCCAUUGUCACGUGAUGCCUGUGAACACGCCGUGGUGGAGGCGAGCCCUUCAGAUAACCCCAAACAGAACCAUAGUCCCCUUAAACACCUCCGGGAAAUAUUCUCGAGAUACGCCCAACACGAGGGAUAUGGUAUGGAAGAACGGCGGGGUCAUUGUUACACCGAACAUCGUGUUCCUGAGGCAUCUGCAUGAUCUACAACGAUUUGAUCUGCUUGCUUACAUUAAUAAAGAUAACGUAGGCAUGCUGUACUUGUCAAACGUGUCCACUUCAAAAGAUAUAGCUGAUCUUAUUGAUGAUACUUACAAGAAAGGUCAAAUUGAUUUUAGGAAAAUAAUUGCACAUAUUGAGAGGAGGAACUUGCUCCGCCAUGAGCAGGAGGAUUCCAGGAUGUGCUGUCUGAAUGAUGCGCAGUUACCAGCUGCUGACCAUCUGUUGAGAAAUAAAACACUGGUCAGUAUAGACGUGACCUACACGGCCUACAACCCACCACCAACACUGGACAACAUCUACAGGUCAUCGACUCAGAUGGCGGCUAUAGGUAGACAGGUCUUGUUUGAAUCUACGGCCAAAGUUGCACGAUCUGUACCCAACGUAUUUCAUUAUCUGUGGAAAGAGGGUACAGUCAGGGAUCUAAACAUGAUGGAACUGUUGAGUAUUAAAAGCGUUUACCAUUUUGCAAAUCCCAAAGAAAUACGUUUCUAUGGCACCGUUACCCCGUCCGGACCACGAUGGGAUGACGUCAUAAAACUGCCGUCGUUUACGUUCAUUCAAACAGAUCCACCAGUGUCACGUGACAGCUGUAUGGUGUGUAAGAUACUUCAUGAUCAUGGCGGUACCUUUAUCAAUUUUGAUGUUAUUCUCACAGAAGGAGCAGAUAUAUUUCGUCUAGGGUAUAGCGUGAGGCUUGGCACCAAAGGUUCGGGAUCUAAUAUCACAAUAGACUUUGGCCACAGAUUACAGAUUUUAACAAAAGAGGAGUUUCAGAAGCAACAACAUCACGGGUGUUCAAACGUCGUCAUGUCGAUGGCGAAAGGGCGUUAUUUUGCAGUUAUCUGUCCACAAGUUAUACAUGUCGGCAAUUCGAAGGGAAUCACUUCCUGUUUGAAUUCUACUUUUCUUCAAAUAUCUAGUCCAGAUUAUAUAAUACAGAACGUGAGUACGACAUCAGUCGCUUCAGUAACAGGUUGUGUUGGGGAAGUAGCCAGAUACGUGUUGUUUGGAGAGACAAACGUUUUUACAGAAGAAACAUAUCGCGUGCCAAACGUCAUCCAUUACAUUUGGUUUGGGAAGGAAACACAUUUUCAUCUUCAUAUGUUUCUUUGUAUUUACAGUGCAUUCAUUAACCAGAAACCAGAUCACAUAUACUUCCAUUACGACCACUUACCGAAAGGGACGUGGUGGCAGACCUUGACCUUUGCAGUCAACUUGACCUUGGUGCGCACAGCGCCACCUACUUCCGUCUUCGGGCGACCAAUCAACGUGGUAGAACAUCAGUCGGACGUCGCCAGGUUAGAAAUUCUCAGGAAGUAUGGCGGUAUCUAUCUCGACAUCGAUGUGUUUGUAAUCAGCUGUCUUGACCCGUUACGAACACACAGUUUCGUAAUGGCGGAGGAACAACCAUCAACGUUAGGGAAUGGCAUCAUUCUCUCUGAGAAGAAUUCUAAAUUUCUUGAGCUGUAUUUGAACUCUUACAAAAGUUUUAAUGACUCGUUUUGGGGCUAUAACUCCGUUGUUAUGCCCUAUUCAAUAAUGCUUCACAACAGGAAUCUCAUUCACCUUGGACCACGUGACAGAAUCCUAAAACCUGAUUGGUCGACGUGCUUGGACGACAUAUGGUACCCUGAGAGCAAGUACUACUGGCAAGACAACUACAUCCUACAUCUUUACUGUAAGAUGAACGUGGACAGAGAUCUACCGUUCAUGGAUUCACUGAUCUCUACACCCCGGUUCGCUACUUCCACUUUUGGCCAAAUAGCCAACAUCGUAUACAAGCAUUUUAAAAGAACUGUCGGCCAUUAGCCACCUAACAGGGACCCUAAUAAUUCUGAACAACUGAAAGUCGGCAUAUUGUGUUUUAGAUUUUUGACGUAGUUUGAGAACCUAUAUUAAUAGUCUGGAUGUCGAACGACGGAUAGCGUCAUAUACAUUUACAUGUUCCGGGACGUGGUUUCUGGAAUAUUGAAGUUAAAUUCACCAGUUGAUAAAUCUGAGUUAUUGUAGAUGUGUAGUAGAAUAGUUGAGGAUAAAUGCACCUGUUAUACACACGCUAUCUAGCCUAUGUGGUGGUUUUGAAUGGUGGUGUGAGAAAGGUUCAAAUGAAAGAGGACACUAUGUGGUAGCCUAGUGCUUUGACCUUAUAAUACCAGGAUUUCAGGGCAAAACUAUACUUUAUUGCACUACACAUGGGGGUAAUACAAAUGUAAUUACUUUUCUAAGACGCCUAAUUUAAAACUGAUCCAGUGUUUUAAUUGAAAUGUGUUUAAAAUCAAAACUGUACUGUGCCUUAAAUUGAAAAUCCUCGGACAGGGCUAACUGACGGGUUAUUCCACUUGAUUGCCUGUACCCUUACGUUAAGAAACAUAUUUACGUUUAAACAUAAUACAACACCACUAAAAUUGGUAGUUUAUUGUUAAAAUAGGUUGUUCUUCCUCAUCCGUUCAGCGUAUGGUUAAAAAUAAACCCAUGCAGCAAUAAGAAGGAUUUUUUUUUAAUUUAAGUUUAUAUAAACUGGGUGUCAAAAGAAAGUAUAGGUCGAGUUCCAUGAUCGAUAAAAAAAAUAACAAGAAGAGGUUUUAUUGUGAAUUAUAAUAUAAUC